CCCCAAGGUUGUAGACACCGACGGACUUGCCUUGGGAGCCGGAGCAGCUGCUGCCACCAGAGUCUGGCACCAUGAGUGGGUUUAAUUUUGGAGGCACCGGGGCCCCUACAGGCGGGUUCACGUUUGGCACCGCAAAGACAGCAACAACCACACCCGCGACGGGGUUUUCUUUCUCCACGUCUGGCACUGGAGGGUUUACUUUUGGGACCCCCUCCCAACCUGCUGCAAGUGCCCCUUCUACCAGCCUGUUCUCACUCUCCACCCAGGCUCCGGCGACACAGACGUCGGGGUUCAGUUUUGGGACAACAACUCCUGCUUCCGGAGGAACCGGAGCCGGGUUUUCUUUGGCAAUCAACGCUCCUAAGCUAAACUUGACCAACACCGCUGCCCCUCCAACCACAGCGACAAACCCCAGCGGCUUUGGAUUGGGCAGCAGCAGCACCCUCACCAAUGCCAUCUCAAGCACUGUCAUCUCCAGCCAGGGGACGGCACCCGCCGGCUUUGCGUUUGGCUCCUCCGCCACCUCUGCUGCUCCGUCCACCACAUCUGGAGGGUUCUCGUUCACUGGCGGAAGCACGCCCCAGACCGGGACCUCCGGCUUCAACAUUGGCUCAGUGGGGACUUCCACCCAGCCCACAGUACUCACCGGAUUGCCCUUCACUCCAGCCACCCCGGCAGCUACUGUAGCAGGAGCCACACAGCCAGCCGCUCCCACACCAGCUGCUGCCUCCACCAGCACUGGGCCCAGCCUCUUUGCCUCAAUAGCCACUGCUACAGCCUCGACUGCCACCGGGCUCUCCCUCGGUGCCCCGGCAACCACAGCUGGAGCUCCCGGGGCUGGAACACUGAGCUUCAGCUUAAAGGCCCCUGGAGCAGCUGCAGGCACCUCGGCGGCAACAUCUACCACUGCCACCACCACCGCCGCCGCUGCCACCGGCUUUGCCUUGAAUCUAAAACCACUGGCACCAGCUGGGCUCCCCAGCAAUGCGGCAGCCACCGUCACCGCUCCCCCUGGCCCCACUGCAGCUACUGGGGCGACUACCAGCCCUGCCAUGACCUACGCACAGCUGGAGAGCCUGAUCAACAAGUGGAGCCUGGAGCUGGAGGACCAGGAGCGGCACUUCCUCCAGCAGGCCACCCAGGUCAACGCCUGGGACCGCACGCUGAUCGAGAAUGGGGAGAAGAUCACCAGCCUGCACCGCGAGGUGGAGAAGGUGAAACUGGACCAGAAGCGGCUGGACCAGGAGCUCGACUUCAUCCUGUCCCAGCAGAAGGAGCUGGAAGACCUGCUGAGUCCGCUGGAGGAAUCGGUCAAGGAGCAGAGCGGGACCAUCUACCUGCAGCAUGCCGACGAGGAGCGCGAGAAGACCUAUAAGCUGGCCGAGAACAUCGAUGCGCAGCUGAAGCGCAUGGCCCAGGACCUCAAGGACAUCAUCGAGCACCUGAAUACAGCCGGGGGCCCGGCUGACACCAGCGACCCGCUGCAGCAGAUCUGCAAGAUCCUCAACGCGCACAUGGACUCGCUGCAGUGGAUCGACCAGAACUCAGCCCUGCUGCAGAGGAAGGUGGAGGAGGUGGCCAGGGUGUGUGAGGGGCGUCGCAAGGAGCAGGAACGCAGCUUCCGAAUCACGUUCGACUGAGCGGAUGGUGUCUCCAGGGCCGUGGGUUCCGAGGGCAUUUGAUGGGGGGUGUGACCUGCUGUCUAGCUCGGGUCUACAACGAACUACAACGAGACGCUGUGUCUUUCCUUUAAACAGUUGUGCUGUCGAAAGAAUUGUUGUGUCCUUUGACUUUCCCCUUAGCAAGUCGGAAGGCUUCUGAACCCUGCAGUGCCGGCGGUGGCCGAGGGGUUGUGGCUUCUGUCUUGCGUUUGUGUAUCUUUGGAGAUGUGCUGACAGUCUCUUUUCCAGCCUGGGCUGAGUGGGCAGCCAGCCUCUCUGGCCAACACUUAGUCAGAGGCACAGUGAAAAAAACACCAAAGUAAAAAGAACCUCCAUCCUCAGAGGAGAGGGAGCCUAGUUCCGGAGUGUAAGAUGUGAACUUGUGAGAUUAACCACCAAGACCAAUGAGUAAAUUGUGACUAGAACAGACAAUGGGACAGAAUUUCAAGAGAGAAAGACAGGCCUGCAGAGAGAUCUGAACAGGGUAUUGAGAGAAGGGUAACGGGGACUCCCUUUGGAGUCCACGGGGACUCCCUUUGCCAGACUGACAUACCCACUCACCCUCCACGUCCUACCCAAGGCUUCACCUCCUCCAGGAAGCCUCAGCUCAGGCGGUGGUCAUCUUGCAGGUCCCUGUAGCACACUGAGCCUGCACCUUGGACAACACUGGCUACACAAUCCCAUGCCAGCUGCUUGUUCCUCUAUCUCACCAUUAGAUUGUGAGCUCCUGGCAGAGAGACUGUUGUUCCUCUUGGUGUCCUCAGUACAGUCCCUGUCACAUUUAUUGAAUGAAAGAACAAUGAAGAUGAAACCCGGCAUAACAUUCGUCCACAAAAAAGCCUACUUAAAUAGCCACAGUUGCUGAUGGUGGCUACAGACUUGGUUCUGAACUGCCCAGCACCAAAGUUAACCUAGUCAGUUUCAAUAAGUUCCCCUGUGUCUGGAAGGCAGAAGCCAACUGGUUGUAUCCCAAAUGUCUUUUGUAUUUGUCUUUAUAUUUGCUGCAUUCUCUGAAAUACCUAUGGCUUUUUGUUGCUUUUCUAAAUAAAAUAAAUAUAGUGUUAGACCAAAAAAA